AUGCAUGGGGCCCUGAGUCAUCGAUUCGACAGAUUUUCCGUGACAGGAGAAAUACAGCAAUAUGUACUGCAAGAUGGUUGGAGGAGAUCAAUAUUAUUGACAACGCCAACAAGAAAGUCGCUUUUUGGGAGCGAAUUGGCAAGCGAAGGAGCUCUCGCCUUUCCCACCCCAACGCUAGUCAGCGCAAUGCAGGGGGAGGUGCGAGCGAUCGCCUUUGGUGAGGGCCAGAAUUUUCUGAUGUCCUUGCUGUUGGCAGAAGAUGUUGCAAGAGAAAACCUGCGUGAAGUCAUCAAGGCAGCCCCAGGAGCCAUAGCAGCCGGGUGCCCUUUGACGGGCUAG